AUUUAUGCCUGUGCGAAUAGCAGAAUACAGCGAGCGGAAAAAAGAGUGCAUACAGGACUUUUAAAAACGUAAUAUAAAUAAAAGGAGAUUAUAUUGUAAACUCAACCGAGAAACAGUGAAACACAGACAAUGGACGAAACAGAAGAGGAAGGCCAAAAGUAUAUUGAAGGAUAUAUUCGACAUACAAUUAAAUGAGAAACGCAAAGUAUUGAGGCUCUUAAAAGGGACACAACACAGCUUUCAGAGAGGAUACGAAGUCGAGAAGAAGAAAUACGAACAGCUAGAGAACGGGAAACGAAGCUGAAAGAAAAAAUAGAGAAACUGGAGAAGGAAUGUACCGAACUAAAGAACAGUUCAGAUGAUGCUCUAGCAACAAAGGAGAGAGAAUUAAAAGAAACAAAACAAGAGUUAAAAGAAUUGCAGGAAAACAUGACAUACAAGGAAAGAGUUUUAAUGGAAUGCAAAGAACAAUACAGAAUAAAAGAUGAGGCGUUAAGGACAUCCGGAGAAGAGUCAAGUCAGUUGAACACAGAGCUGAUCGAAGAAUUAAGACUACAAGUGCAGAGAUAUCAAAGGUUAACUAAAACAGUUUCGGAAAAGGGAGAUGAAAUAGACAGGUUAAAAAUGAGACUUUCAGAAAAGGAAGAGGAACUUAAAAGAAAAAAAAACAAUGGACAAAAACUGUUUUCUCUAUUCCUGGCUGUUUUUGGACUGUCAUGUCUCACUUCAGACGCCUGCAGGAACAUACAUAAGUGUCUACCCACCGGGCAUAAAGGGAUUUAAUCCAACUCAACUUAACGUGGUACAAUCUCUACAGGAGGAUUGUAAGCGCCUAGGACAUCCAGAUCAUAUUAUUCCUUUGUUCGGUCUUAAUGUUGACGAUAUAGAUGAUUGGUACAAAUUAAUUGAUGUAGACCAUGAACGAUGGACAGCGGAUAACAGUAUGCUCGAAACCGCACUAACCAAAGGAUCGGACGAUUUAGGGAAGUACUUAGAAGAAUACAAACACACGAAUACAAAAAGUGCAGAUUACAUAUAUUCAGCUGCCUGGUAUUAUUCACUGGGAAAAUAAACAAAAACGGUACCGAACAUAAUUAUUAUAUGUUGCAUGAACCAUAUUACUUAACGGCAAAAGUAUUUUAAUGUAUUAGAGUAUACUGUCUACGAUAUGUAAACACCAAUAUAACACGCAUUAAAUCAGAAAAUUGAAAUAAUGUGAUGAUGUCGGAUGAUAUAAAGGAAACGUUGAUUUGGGUAACAAGUGCACGUAAUUGUUUAUACUGACCUGCUAUUGGGAGACCUCAUUCGUGUGGAAGAUCUUAAUCGUAUUUUCCUAAUAAGUUCUUCAUCACAGCUGAUUUACGUCUACGUUUACGUCUACGUAUCAAAGUUCUAAUACAAAGGCGGAAACCUUAUGCUUUGCGUCAUCUUUAUACGUUUGAUGAUAUUUCAUUGCAUUUAAUAACUUUAUUGUUUUGAUCGCUGUUUUGUACUUACUCAAGUGAUAAUGCAUAUUUUUAAAAUAUAAAAUGGGCAUUUACAAAUACGGUUGACACUCAAUCUUAUAAAACAUCAUCCGGUAUCAGUUUGCAAAUCCUCUUUUUUUGCAAACGUAUUGUUAAUUGUAUUUGCAACAUCAACUUAAAUUGGAAGGAAAAAUAUGCUUUUAGUUAAAACAGUUUUCAGAAAUAAAAACAGAUAAGAACAUACA